AUGGCUUCUGCGGAACAGUCUCACCCCGGCAUCACCACUGCAACCACCUCCCCGUCGCAUGAACAUGGUGGUAUCCCUUACUCAAAUGGCUCUUUCCCUUCCUCAUUCAACCGCGAUAGCCCCAAUUCUGACCAGGCAUUCACAUCGCUGCAAUUUGAGGACACGCCCCUUUCAGGUGACCAGAGUGAAGCCCAGACACAAUUCACUGAUCUGCGCAAUCCAAAUAACCAGACAGAUGAAGCGUACGCACAACUGAAAAAUCUCGCCGCAGGCAGAUACACGUCUUGCUCGGACAAGCCGCUCAAGUACAGAGUACCUCCGCAGUCCUGGUACGGCUUACUCGUCGAUCCCGAGUUUGAACGUUUACGAGAAGCAUUCAACUUCAAGAUUUCGUACGACGUCUCGGAAUCGGUUCUUACCAUUUUCCCAAUGUCUGGUAGAAGACACGCUAUACUUGUCGACUGGGUAAUCGAACGCGCAGUUCUUGCCAAACAUGGUUUGGAACCAGCAAUAAGACAACGAUUUCAGGUCACCAGCAAUCUAGAGUUUGGCGAAUUUGAGGGUGAAUGGGAUGGAUCGAUGAAAACACCCGACAUACUCCUCGAAUGGGUACAAGAUCAAGAUCGUGGAUUCAAGGCCCAUACCAUCGUCGAAGUGGCUUCUUCCCAGACCAAGGAUGCGCUCAUCAAAUUAGUCCACGACUACCUCAGCGGAUCGCCCGAUAUCUCCAGAGUUGUUCUUCUAGACAUUACCGAGGAUCCCGCGUAUCGGUCCCCAGACAACAUCGGUGCCCAGGGCUUGAAAGACGUCCAGGCCGCAGACCUUCACUGUGAAUCAGACCAGGGACCGGUUUGGCACAACGGCGUUCAGUGGGUUGGGAGAACUACGAUUUCCUGGGAGGUUUGGGAACGACACGCAGUGACUGGAGAGCCAGAAUGCUUGUUCAGCACAACUUUCGUUCCUGAGCACAACGGAUCCCCACUUCCAUUCUUCGAAAUCCCAUCUACGAUUGCUACGGGCGUCCAGCCUGUGACCGUCCAGGCGGCAGAUGUCGAAAUACUCCGAAACACUCUGUUGAAACCAGCAAUAUACGGAGAAGCCCGGCGGCGCAUGCGAAAAUUCAUCAAAAAGGAAGCUCAGAUUGCAGACAAUGCAGCAAAAGCCGCUGAGCAAGAAACGCACGCCGAAGAGAGAGAGCGCGCAAACCAAGAACGAGCGGCGCGACAGCAAGCUCGGCGAGGCUAUUGA